AAUAAACACCCUGACUGAAUGAGACUUCCUGCACAGCGUUAUAAAGGAUACUCUCUCUUGGGUCAGACUGGUCAGUUUUUCAGAGACACGUUUGAGUGAGAGUCUUGAUCGCGUGUGUGCGGCUUGUUUGAAACUGGGAUCAGAAGAGAGGGGCUGUAAGAACAGGGCGGCGUGUGUUCUCGUCCCUGCUGGUCGGGGUACGAGUAGGGAGCUGGCCUCCCCAAAUAGGUGCUUCUGAAUCUCAUUUUGACAGGUAAAUAAAUGCAGAUGGAAGAAGAACACAGAAGCCCCUCCGAGCACGCUGCAGCCGCCCAUGUGAUGGAGGUGAAAGGCUACAUUAAGGAGUUCACCCGCCACUCUAAGGACGUGUUGUUGAACUUAAAUGAACUGCGGCAUCGGGACAUCCUUACAGACGCCACGCUGCUCGUGGGCACCACCACGCUGCGCGCCCACUGCGCCGUGCUCAUCGCAUGCAGUGGAUUCUUCUACACUCUGUUCUCUCGGCGAGCGGCCGGUGCUUGCGGUGAGCGGGGGUUUUCUCUUGCCCUGCCGGAGGGGCUGGACGCAGGCAGCGUGUCCCUGCUGCUGGACUUCAUGUACACCUCCUGCCUCCCUCUCACGCCCCGGACGGUAUCUGGAGUGCUCGCCGCUGCCACCUACUUGCAGAUGGAGCAUGUCGCAGACACAUGCCGAGCAUUUAUUCAGCACAGUGAAAGGAUCACUGUGAGUCCCUCUUUGAUGGAGCCAGCCUCCAGAGCGCCCCUCGGUGGAAGGUCACCGCCUGCCCAUCCCACCAUCUUCUCCUCCCCCUCCAGGCCUGCUGCUGAGGCAGAAGAUCCCAUCCCAGACCGAGCCAGGGUUCCAGGUGAGAGCUUUGCCUCGCUGGAUCCAGGGACUCAGACCCUAAAAUUAGAGGAAUCGUCACCUCCAACCCCCUCCACGCCAUCUCCAGACAGUCCUUUCCAUUCCAGCGGGCAGCCCAACUCACCUGCUGAGUCCAGCGGCUGCAGUCUCUCUCCUCAACUAAAGAAGCGAUCUGAGAGUAAGCCUACUCCUGACCCAAAGGCCUGUAACUGGAAGAAGUACAAGUAUAUUGUCCUCAACCCUCUGUGCACCACACCUAUAAAGGAGGAGGGGCCUGGAGAGGAGCUUCAAGCACAAAGCCACACCCCCUUUGUCAGUGAUAGAAUGGAAGCCUCAUCUAAAACAGCAAAUAACAUUUUGACAGGGCAGGAGCCUGGACUGAACAAUAGGAAAACAUUGUCUCUUCCAUAUAACACAUCACAGCAAAAAAUAUCUUUUACUCCCCAUCAUGUUGUGGACCGCUGUUUGCAACCCCUGACCCUUUCGAUCAGUGAGGAUAAAGGUUUCUGCAGUCCUUAUGUUUGUACCCAAAUAGCCAAUCAGAAUCAUUUAUUGGGCCAACAUUCAAUCAAGUUUGAGAACCUCUCCACACAGCUCAGUUACACUGGAAAUCAAGGCACAAUCACAAAACCUUCCUGCUCAGGAGACAAGCCUUACCGCUGUAAUGUAUGUGGGGCACAGUUCAACCGGCCUGCGAAUUUAAAGACUCAUUCUCGCAUCCACUCUGGAGAAAAGCCCUACCGCUGCGACACAUGCGGAGCCAGAUUUGUUCAGGUCGCUCACCUGCGUGCUCAUGUUCUGAUCCACACUGGGGAAAAGCCAUAUCCAUGUAACACCUGCGGGACACGUUUCCGCCACCUGCAGACGCUGAAGAGCCACCUGCGCAUCCACACCGGAGAGAAGCCUUACAGCUGUGAGAAAUGUCACCUGCACUUCCGUCAUAAGAGUCAGCUGAGGCUCCAUCUGAGACAGAAACACGGCGCAAUCACCAACACCAAGAUCCGCUACAAGGUUCUGGCAGACCCGUACCAACCUGGACCCACCCUGCUACAAGCUGGCUAAGGGACACGGUCGAAACAUCGCAGGCACCGUAGCUAUAUGCUCACUCUGCAGAUAGGUCAAGACCGAAACGCUUAAGCUGAAGAUUGAUGGAUCUAUGAAACAGUAUUGUAAAGAGUUUAAAGAGGUGGAGUGCUACAUUCGAGGACAGCUUGACUAAAAAUAUACCAAUGAAUGUAAUCUUCCAAGAAUGUAGCACUCCUGCACUAGAUGUGCUGACUAUUAUCUUUAUUAUUUGUUAAAAUAUUAUUUAUUUUGCUUUGCAUACUUUCUGUUCCUAUUGCUAUUUAAUCAUAUUUUAUGCUGUUGCAAAAAUUAUUUUGUCGUCAUAUUGGCCACUUUUUCUGUGGCAGGGAAAAUGGUGCAUAUCAUUGUCAAAAAGUAACUAUGUAGCCCUGUUCAGAUUGUAAUUGUUUCUUAGGGAUAUAUAUUUACAAUUAUAUAAUAUAUAAUUACUUUUGUUCAUUUUAACAAAAGUAAUUAUAUAUUAGCAUGUCUAAUCAUUUUACUAGUCGGCCAAGUAUCCAGGUCAGAUGUUAACCUUAUGUAAAUAAGAGGUUGUGUUAACAUUUUUUCCACAUUGAUAAAAAAAAAAAAAAAAUCCAUAAUUUGGAAAGAUAAAACGCAAGACAGAAAACCAUUUAAAUGAUCUGGAUGCUUAAGUUUUAUCACUGAGGAGCUACACAAACGUGUUUUCCAGUCAUCUCCAUGAGAAACAAUUUCCAUCCGAAUAGGGAUUAAAGGCUCGUUCACACCAAGAGUGAUAACUAUAACGAUAACUAUAUUAGCAUUUAAACCAGUGCACAAUAUCGUUUUGUAUAUUCUAUAAGCGUGUGCUGCAGUUUUAUCGUCUGUCGCUUUAAAUGCUCGAGAUCUGAAAGCAGUAUGGAUUCUGAAUGGCUGUCAGUGUUUUUAUUGUUCAUCACUUGGAAAAAAAAUGUUCGGAAAGUGAUUCCAACGGUAUCGUUCUGCUGUGAAUUGAUCAUUGUGCUGUGGACUUAGCUAUUCUUUUAUAUUUAGAACAAUGUUUAGAACUUUAUAAUUAUCUUUAUCGUUAAAGUUAUCGUCCUUGUGAAUGGGCCUGAAGCAGGUGAAUUGAAAAUGUUUCAGUACAUAUGGAAAGAAAUGUAAAAUUCUUUUUGUUGUUAUUAUUUAAAGAUGGUUUGUGGCAGAGUGUGAAGAUGUUUAUUAGGAGAUCAGAUUGGAGAUGUAAGAGGUGAAUGAAGGUAAAAAUUAGUGGAUAAGAGGAAUUCUGCAUGAAAGUAGGAAAGAUUAUGAAGGGAAGACAGAUAAAGAAGAAAGGAAGUGCAAUUAAGGAAUUAAGCAAGUUUGAAAAGGAAGAGAAAGAUUAAUUGUUAUGAUUUUUUAUUAACCAAUAUGCGGUCAUUUUAAUAUCUGUUUAUUUAUUAUUUUUUUUAUUAACUGUUCUGCCUAAAUAGUGUUCUUCUUUGUUCAUGAAUCCAUUCUGGUCCAAUAACCAGAAUGUCGAACUCAAAUAUAACCUCUUAGAUGAUUAUUUACCAGUUAUUCGGUAUUUUAAUGUACUAAUUUAAAAGGCCUGGAGCCCAUUUGUGUUUAAGUAACAAGAAGAAAAUUUGUAGAGGAUUAGCCUCUCAAUGUAUCUUUUUAAAUAAUACUUCUGUUUAAGAGAGCAUUUCAUGAUUUUCAUGGUGUAUUAUAGUUUCCAAGAGUCCAAGCAGGUUGAGGACUCAUCAAACUAAUAUACAUGUAAAGAGUGAUGAUGAUGAUGAUAAUGAUGAUAAUGAGGAUAAUGAUAUCAACAAAAUUGUGUUGCGCUCUUUUGCUGGACAAAGACAAGACCUAUUUUAUAUAAAUUAAAGUUAAAUUAAUUUCUUGUUA